UCGUACUAUUACUACCACAGUACCUCUUCGCUCCAAGAAGUAAAACUAGAGAGAGAGAGAGAGAGAGAGAGAGAGAGAUUUGAUGCUCUGCAACUACAACAAUGUUGAAAAAGAUGGUGUUCUUCUUUCAUCUUCUUUUUCUCCUUUCGUUUUUUGUUUCUGGUGAAAGGCAAGACUCCAUUGUUUCUGUAAAAUCUGGAGAUCUCAGUGAGGUGGCAAGCAGCAUUUUGAAGGCAGAAACUUGGCUUAAAACCCACGUCCUCGCUCACUACCCUUCCAUCUCCAUCACCGCCAUUGUCGUCGGCGGUGGUGGUGGCCCUCUUCUCUGCCGGAAAGAGCAAGAAAACACUCUCGCUCUCGUCCUCCCAGCCCUCAAGAACUUGCACCACUCCCUCACACGGUGGGGCCUCCAGGAACACAUCAAACUCUCAGCCACCUUCGCUCCUUCUUGUUUCGACAGAAGCUCCUAUAUUUUUGGGAAAUUUAUUAGGCCUGUCCUAGAUUUUAUCAAGGGCGCAUCUCCAACGUUUGUGUCUUCUCACUCCGAAAGCCUUGAAGAUUUUAUCGGCGUUAGCUUUAACUCCGACGAUGUUCCUGUCGUUCUCGACAACCCGGGAGAGAGAAAACCCAGCGGCAGAAAGCUCUCUGCCGACCCCUUUCCGGCGAGACCGACUCCGUUGCCUGAAAUCUCGGAAACCCCGCUUCACUCUUCCGUUGGUUUCUCAGUCCCCGCCAAUGUGGCUAAAAACCCUCAUCCUCCACAGCCCCAAACGGCCUCUCCGCCACUCCAAGUGCCUUCCCCACAACCCCGAACCGCCUUUCCUCCGCCGCCACUAAUGCCUUCCCCGGAGGCACAAGCAGCCUCACCACCACCACCGCAAAUAGCCUCUCCACCAGAUAUGUCUUUCUCCUCAGCCCCCGAAAACCCUCCUUUUGUUGAUGAAUCCCCUCCUCCUCCGCCUUCCCCUGCCACAUUUCCACCCUGCCGCAAUCCGAUUCCGACACAUGUGCCGCCUCCUGCCCUGGCCCCUCAGAUGGCGGUGCACAAGCUGUGGUGUGUGGCCAAGCCUACCGUUCCUUCAGACACUCUGCAGGUGGCAAUGGACUUUGCCUGCGGAGACGGCAAUGCUGACUGCAAGGAGAUCAUGCCAGAUGGCAACUGCUACAACCCUGAUUCUGUUGUGGCACAUGCUUCCUAUGCCUUCAACAGCUACUGGCAGAAGAACAAGAGGACCGGAGGGACUUGCAGCUUCGAUGGCACUGCAAUGCUGAUCAACAAUGAUCCAAGUUAUCUUCAAUGUCGCUUCGUUCUCACCUGAAUGCGUUCGGAGCGGAAACUGAGACUGGUGGCUGUUGUUCUAUGACGGGGUUUUGAAUUUUUGGGAAAUCGUAUUCUGAGGUGACCUUGUAAUUUUGCAGCCAUCAGUUUUUGUUACUAGUUUACUUUAGCAUUAUUUAGUUCUAAGUAGUUAUAUCUGGUUUCUUUUGAUAUGUAAUCCUCCCCUUUUAAGUGCGAGGAUCCGAAAGACAAGUGCUAAUUCCGAAAGAAAUCUUGCGGAUUUCUGUUGUUCGACUUUGUAUGGAGUGAUUUAUUUCUCACGAAAAUUCUACAA